UGCAAGCACCAUAGAGGCUGGACGAAGAAACAUAGUUGGUUUGAGCAGAGUCUAUUCAAAUAAUAAUCACCUACCUUUACAGGACAACCACUCUAGCGCCGCUGACUGUGCCGGUGAGUUCAUUAACAUGGUUAAAUAGAAAUUCAGAAGGAGUGGGCAGGUGGAGGACUGUCCAUGUUUACCGGAAAGAUACGUGGAUCCAUGGAGUGAACAUUGAAACGCUACGAAUUUGGCUUGAACAUCUCUCAAGAGCCUGAAAAUACCCGAGGAGAAAAACAUUUUUUAAAAUCGGGUUUUGGUUAUUUGUACCUUUAAACUUGAACGGAACUGCUGUCUCUCUUCAGUCCAGCACCUUUUGAACUUCUCCAUUGAAGCCAUGGAACCAACCAGUGCUCCAAAGGGAUGUGGCUCAAGCAUCAGCUCCCUAUAUUACAACCUGUGUGACCUAACUACAGUGUGGGGGGUCGUGGUGGAGGCUGUUGCUGCUGCUGGUAUAGUGACUUCUUUCAUUCUCUUGGUCAUCCUCAUAGCCAGCCUACCGUUUGUGACAGACAAGAAGAGGAAGGGUAUGGUGGCCCUGCAGGCCGGCAUUCUAGUCUUUACUUUGGGACUCUUUGGUCUCACUUUUGCCUUUAUUGUGGGUCAGUACUCCACCAACUGUGCUGCACGGAGGUUUCUCUUUGGAGUGCUCUUUUCAGGCUGUCUAGCCUGUCUGGUGAUGCAUGGGUUAUGGCUCGCCCUGUUGGAUUGGAGAGACAGGGGGCCCAGGAGCUGGAUGUUAUGCUUGGGGGCCUUGGGUCUGUGGAUGGUCGAGGUGAUCAUCAACACUGAGUGGCUUAUCAUCACUGUUGUGAGGAGCCCACCUGGAGGUGUCAUUACCCCUGAUAUCUCCUGCAACAUUGCUAACCAGGACUUUGUGAGCGCACUUGUCUAUGUGAUGGUUCUGGUGAUCACUGUGGUGCUGAUGGCCGUGCCCUCUAUGACACACAAGCACAAGCAGUGGCGCCGAGACGGAGCCUUUAUCCUGGUCACUGGGCUCUUCACUUUGGCUAUCUGGGUAGCUUGGAUUGUCAUGUAUAUCCAUGGGAACAGAGUGGUCGGGAAUCCCAGCUGGGAUGAUCCUACUCUGGCCAUAGCCAUAGUGUCAAAUGCCUGGGUGUUCCUUUUCCUCUAUGCCAUCCCAGAAAUCUGCCUACUCACCCAGGGUGACCCAGACCAGGAGCUGCCACUCGAUGGAGAUCAUGUAUAUCCUGCCAGAAGCCUGGUUUAUGACAACAACCUGAAAGAGCCAGAGACACCCCAGCAGAAUGUGUACAUGGAGAAUAAAGCCUUCACAAUGGACGAGCCUCCAGCAGUACCCGCAAAACCAGUGUCUCCAUAUGGUGCUUAUAACGGUCAGCUAAGAAGUUGUGUGUACCAGCCCACUGAAAUUGCCCUGAUUGCCAAGGGUCUGACUAAGAUGGACCAAGGUAUGCUGAUGACUCGAGCCAGAGCCCCCUCUCUGAACCGGGGAGAUGGAAGCUCUCAGCCACGUUCGGCUGAUUCCUUGCCAUCUUAGGGACUGUCAUAAUGCAGUCAGCGUGGAUCCAGGGCUCAGUGUACCUACACGCUCAGAAAUUACUGAUGUGAAAUCUGCACAGGGCUUUGUUCUCUCCUCAGGAUUCCUUAUAUCAAAUGUAACAUAUCUUAGUUUCUCUUCCUCAGUUAAAGGCUUGAAGCAAUUACAUUGUGAUGAAUCUCUAUCAUUGGAGUGCUGCAGGAAUAAGUCCUUAAACCUGGGAAUAAGUUCCCUCGUCUGUAAGUCAGUGGUUACCUGGCUAAACAAAACGUAAAAGGUAUCAUAAACAUUUUUUAGUCGUAGUUCUUUUUUUCUUAUCCAAAAAACAAUUGAAAACCACAGCUGGGUCCCAUAACUAUAUGCUUUGCUGUUAUGUGACCCAGCUCCUCUCACAGAUCACUAUUUUGUCUGGAGGUUGUGCCAGGAGCAUUCAGUUUUUUGGUAACCUGUGCCUUAGAACUUCUUACUGUCAACCAAAGCUUUGCUCACUUGUAUCUUCAUUCAAAAAAUGCAAUCAAGAGAAAGAGAGGCAUGCAUGCGUCUGUGCAGGGACUUUGACUUCUAGCUAAGAGAGAUACCAAAACAUCUUUAAUACUUUUCUUUUAAUUUAAAUCUAAAGUGAAAUGUAUUUGUAGAGGACAUGACUGAUAAAGGUUUGUUAAUGAAAAACAAGGAUUAAGUCAUAGUUUAUAGUAAAGUUAGGGUCUAUAAUUCAACACUGAAUGUUUCCAUUGUGUUCUCACCAUAUAAACUAAUGCUUUCUGCGUUUCAUAAAUCUGACUGGAAUGUGUUAAUCUGUGGAGAAACAUACUUUGUUUAAUUGUGAAAUUAAGUUGUGUAACAGACAUCCUCUGAAAGUAGUAUGAUUUUGUAGUUGGAUUUAUAAGACUAUAAUUGUAUGUCAAAUGAUGAAAUUCUAACUUAUUAAACCUGUUUAUGGUAACUUA